AUGGCCGAAGGAGGAGAUGAGCUGAAGCUGCUGGGGUCAUGGUCGAGUCCGUAUGUCACGAGAGCGAAGCUUGCCCUCGCCGUCAAGGGCCUGAGCUACGAGAACGUCGACGAGGACGUCCACAACAAGAGCGGCCUCCUCCUCGCCUCCAACCCCGUGCACAAGAAGAUCCCCGUGCUCAUCCACAACGGCGUCCCCGUCUGCGAGUCCAUGAUCAUCGUGCAGUACAUCGACGAGGCGUUCGCGGGCACCGGGCCGCCGAUCCUCCCCGCCGACCCCCACGAGCGCGCCGUGGCCCGUUUCUGGGCGGCCUACGUCGACGACAAGCUGGUGUCCCAGUGGACGAACUCGUCCAGGGGCAAGGCGGGGGAGGGCAGAUCCGCCGAGGCGAUGAAGGAGAUGGUGGUGGCCGUGGAGGCCCUGGAGGGGGCCCUGAGGGAGUGCUCCAAGGGGAAGGGCUUCUUCGGCGGCGACGGCGUCGGGCUGGUGGACAUCGCGCUGGGGAGCAUGCACUCGUGGCUGAUGGCGAUCGAGGCCAUGUCCGGCGCCAAGGUGUUCGACCCCGCCAGGACCCCGCUGCUGGCGGCGUGGAUGGAGCGUUUCGGCGCGCUUGAUGCGGCCAGGGCGGUCCUGCCGGACGUCGGCAGGGUGGUCGAGCUCGCCAAGAUCAGGCACGGACAAGCCGCCGCAGCUUCAACUUCAUCAAACAACAAGCAGGAGUAG